AUGGAGGACAACAAGAAGGGGGAAGAGAAGAGGAAAUCAACAUACACAAUAGGGGAAUUGAGGAGGUUGACCAAGAGGGAAACUGGUCGCUCAUUCUUAGCUGGAAGAGGGAGUUUUACACGUGGUGGUCCCAUUUUUCGAGGAAGUAGUGGACAGAGGUUUCGUGGAUCUACGGGCUUUCAUAAAGGUUCGUUCGAACGCAGCUCAUUUUCUACGUCCUCUACGGGAUCAGGAAGGGGAGUUGGACCGAGUUAUGGUCGAGGAUCAAUUUUUUCUCCGAGUUGUUCUACUUGUGGAAGACAACAUCAAGGGCCAUGUUGGAGACGGGAUGAUAUACCGAAGACCUGUUACCGUUGUGGAGGUAGAGGACAUACAGCCAGGAAUUGUUCCAGUCAGACUAUAGGCGUGGCUAGAGGUGUUGCUAGCGGGACUCAGAGCUAA